CUUAUGCCAUCCUCUCGGUUUACUGCUCAGGACCUCGUUGACGACCCUGGCUUCGGAAUUGUGGCCCCGGUUUCUUCCGUCUGUCACCCGAGUCAUCUGGCGCCCAAGAAAAUGGAGAAUAAAGACACAAGCGACAAUCUGAAUUACAAGGAAAAUCCCACCAACCGCAGAGCCGGUACAUCAAAUAUGUCUGGGUUUGCUAAUCUGCCUGAGAACGCCAAUGGAAAUGAACCUGACAGCGGACAGGCUAAUCCCAAAACCCAGGAUAAGUCAGUUGGAUACACCAUGAUUGCACCAAAUAACCAUCGCUGGAGCAAUCUGAAAAGCAAGGCUCAGAAGGAAGAGGAGGACCUUCAACGAUGGAGGGAGGCGCACAGGGCCACUCCAGUGCACCUGACCCCAGAGAGGCUAGGUGGUAACGUUUCAAUGGAUCGGGCCAGGGAGAAACAGCUGAUAGAUCUUCGCCAGUCAAAACUGCAGAAAAGGCUGAAAAAAGAGGAGAUGGACAGAAGGAGGAGACAAGAGGAGGAGGAGGAACUGCAAAAGAUGAAAGCUGUACAGAGGGAGAAGGCUGAGCGCCUGGAGGAGAGGAGGCGACAGCAGGAGCAGAGGAGGAGUGAACAGUUCAGACAGGAUCAACUCAGGGUGACUGAGAGUUUUCUGCAGAGGUUAGAGCUGACAGGCCAAGCUCCCACGGCAUCCACACACAUGUCAGCCUGGAGUGAGGCCUUGGGGGAGAAACAGAGAGAGAGGGAAGAGGUGAGCGAGAGAGAGCUACAGCUGGACCACAGGAGAGUGAAUUCAGCCUUCCUGGACAAGCUAGAGGCUCGACGUGCUGAGGUGGAGAGGGAAGAAGUGGGGGAGGGAACGCAUCCUUCCUCCACCUAUGAAGACUUCAGAUGCCAAUCAGACCAAAGCUCUGAAACCCCGGAUCCCUUCAUCCGCAUGAAACCAGACACGGAUGAGAGGUUCCCUGGCUGGAUGCACGAGGCUGAAGAUGGCUUGGGUUCCUCUGCACAGCUCUUUGGAGGAGACCCAGAACCAGACUAUGAGUGGGCCUUGAUGAAGCUGGAGAGCAGAUUCCCCGAGUGUAGCAGAGUCUUCCUGGAGGACAUCCUCAUUCAGUGCAACGGAGACUACCAGCAAGCCUACACACUACUCAGCGACACGUGCCUUUGAUUUCUAUGUAUUUUUAAUGGAACAUCUGUCAUAAUUUAUAAGAUAUUCAAAACUUCAUAUGAUCUGAUGAAUGGCAUUUUAUCGUCAGAGAUUAAACCACCAAAGAACUGCCUAAUAAUGGUCCACACGCGUUAAUAUACUAGAAGAACAUAGAUAAGAAGUGAACUGUGGUAGUACUUCUGCAUACAUUGACAUUAAUGGCGACUAAACAAUAUGAUCUGUUUACAAUUAGCCGUUUAAGACAUGAUUUAUAGUGGUAAGCUGGUGUCUUGUAUCUGUCUGUGUGCACGGGUGAGUCAUGUUGUGUUUUUGCCCCGACAUCAGUUUGAAUUGAUGCGCAUUUUCACCAAAUUAGCUGGAGGUCAUCGCCAUGACGCAUAAUCUUUAGAUCAUUUUUUAAGAUUCUAAAUGAAAUGCAGAUGGCAAAAAGGAUAAUGCUUUUGUUUGUGCUUUUAAGAAAAGGGUGAUCAAAGACGCAUGAUACAUAUCCAUUGCAGGGUUCUCCAGCAAAAGGGGAGGGCUUUAACGGCAAUGUUAAUAGAUGUAUGGAAAGGCCUAUAAAUUUGUGCUUAUACUGA